AUGCCUCCUCAGUCUUCAGCAAAGCUGAAACAUCAACUCUCAGUUGUUUCCUUCCUCCAGGUAAACAGUCAUAUCAAUAAUUUUGUGCCGGGAGAUUAUUCUCAUUUCGAAGGGAGUUUUAUCAGCGUUAUAACUGCUUGCAGGCGACAUCCACACUCUCACCCAUAUAUUUACUUCAGCCACAUCCAUACCCUCGCCAGCAUAUCCAUAGACUCACCCACAUAUCCACAUCCAUCCUCCACCCACAUGUUCCUAUCCAUCAUACCCACAGACUCACCCACAUAUCUGUACCCACUAUAUCUACAUCUUCACCCACAUAUCCACAUCCAUCACAUCAACAUCCUCAUCCACAUCGACAUUAUAUACAUCCUCAUCCACAUAUCCACAUCCACCAUAUCAAUAUCUUCACCUACAUAUCUCACAUCCUCACCCACAUAUCCACAUCAACUGUCUCAAUAUCCUCACCCACAUAUCUACUAUACCCACUGUAUCUACAUCCUCACCCACAUAUCUAUACCCACUGAAUCUACAUCCUCACCCACUUUAUCUACAUCCUCACCCACUGUAUCUACAUCCUCAUUAUCUGUUUCUACAUCCUCAUCCCACCGUACCUACAUCCUCAUUAUCUGUGUCUACAUCCCCAUCCCACUGUAUCUACAUCCUCAUCCCACUGUAUCUACAUCCUCAUUAUUAGAAGGAAAGACUUGCUCACUGUACAGUUCCUGA